GAGAAGUCAGCACACGCUGCUGUUGGUGGGUUUUUGACAGAAAGGUGGACAGCUGCCUUUCGCCCCCGGAUUAAACCUAUUACUUCUGCUUUUUAUAACCUCCAAAACAACCAGAGAAAUGCACUUAAAGUUUAUUUUUUAGCUCGACUGGACUGACAACCCGUGAACCAUGAGAAGUAGAAGCAACUCGGGGGUAAAGUUGGAUAACUAUGCUCGGAUCGUGCACCAAACGAUCCUGCAGCACCAAGACCCAGUGACAGGCCUCCUCCCUGGCAGCCCUGAUCACCCGGACGCCUGGGUCAGAGAUAAUGUGUACAGUGUGGUGUCUGUGUGGGCUCUGAGUUUGGCCUACAGGAAGAACGCCGACAGAGAUGAGGACAAAGCGAAGGCCUACGAACUCGAGCAGAGUGUGGUCAAACUGAUGAGAGGAAUCCUGCAGUGCUACAUGAGGCAGCUGGAUAAAGUGGAGAAGUUUAAAUACAGUCGAAGCACUUCAGACUCUCUUCAUGCUAAGUAUAACACAAAGACGUGCGCUCCGGUGGUCGGCGAUAGUGAAUGGGGUCAUCUCCAGGUCGACGCCACCUCACUGUUCCUCCUCUUCCUUGCUCAGAUGACCGCCUCAGGUCUACACAUCGUUUACACUCAGGAUGAGGUGGAUGUGGUUCAGAACCUCAUGUUCUACAUUGAGGCAGCGUACAAAGUGGCUGAUUAUGGGAUGUGGGAGAGAGGCGACAAGACCAACCAGGGAAUUACUGAGAUCAACGCCAGCUCUAUUGGGAUGGCCAAGGCAGCUUUAGAGGCUUUAGAUGAUUUGAACCUCUUUGGAGCCAAAGGAGGCCCUGGGUCUGUGGUCCACGCUCUGGCUGAUGACAUCCAGCACUGUCAGUCCAUCCUGACGUCUCUUCUGCCCCGAGCUUCCAUCUCCAAAGAGGUGGACGCUGGAGUUCUGGCCAUCAUUUCGUACCCGGCCUUCGCUGUGGAGGACAUCAGCAUCGUGAACCUGACCAAGGAGGAGAUCAUCUCCAAACUACAGGGUCGAUAUGGCUGCUGCCGGUUUCUCCGAGAUGGACACAAAACUCCCAGAGAGGACCCAAAUCGUCUUUAUUAUGAAUCGGCUGAACUGAAGUUAUUUGAGAACAUUGAGUGUGAGUGGCCGCUGUUUUGGACCUACCUCAUUUUGGAUGGAAUUUUCAUCAAGAGCCCAGAACAGGUGCAGGAGUAUCAGGAGGCUCUGGAGGGCAUCCUGAUUAAACAGAAAGAUGGGAUCAGACUGGUGCCAGAGCUGUACAGUGUGCCCGCAGACAAGGUGGAGGAAGAGUAUGAGAAUCCUCACUCUGUGGAGAGGGUGUCUAUGGGCAAGUGUCCUCUGAAGUGGGGCCAGUCUCUGUACGUUUUAGGAAAUCUGCUUUCAGAGGGUUUUCUGGCUCCAGGAGAGAUUGACCCUUUAAACCGCAGAUUUUCCACUAUCCCCAAACCAGAUGUGGUCGUCCAAGUGUCCAUUUUGGCUGAGACAGAGGAGAUUAAAGCGCUGCUGAUGAAAAAUGGAAUCAACGUGGAGACAGUGGCCGAUAUCUACCCCAUCCACGUCCAGCCCUCCAGAGUCCUGAGCCACAUCUACGCCAGGCUGGGUCGUAACCCUCGUCUGGGUCUGACAGGGCGCCCCUGCAGGAGGAUUGGGGUAUUGGGCACGUCCAAGUUUUACAUCAUCAGAAACACCAUGUUCUCCUUCACUCCUCAGUUCAUAGAUCACCAGCAGUUCUACAUCGCGCUGGAUAAUAAAAUGAUUGUGGAGAUGUUGAGGACGGAGAUCGCGUACCUGGCCUCAAGAUGGCGCAUGACCGGACGCCCCACAGUGACGUUUCCCAUCUCCCAGACCAUGCUCACUGAGGACCACACAGACCUGGACCCGGCCGUGUUGGCGACUCUGAAGAAACUACAGGACGGAUACUAUGGAGGAGCCAGGAUCCAAACUGGGCGUUUGUCAGAGCUGAUGACUACUUCCUGUUUCGCUCACCUCAGUUUCCUGGAUGGUAAGGUCCCCAGCAGCAUGCCCCGCCCACAUGAUGACGAGGACGAUGGCGAGGGGGAGGAGGGAUACGUGCAUGAGUUACGCUGUGAUGAUGAGGCAGAUGACCUGGCUCAGUAUUUGGAUCAUCUUUUGGCUCAUGCGACUCCUAAAAAGACUAAAACCCACCAGCCUGCAGCGGGAGGGCUCAGCCGCUUCAAGGCUGCAGCCACAAAAACCAAAGAGAUGGUGUCACUCAUGAAAGAGGCUCAAGAACUCAAUGUGCACAACGUGAACAUGUACCUCCCGAACAAACUGUUCAGGACGCGGCAUCCAUCCCUCAACCUUAGCAUCCCAGACUCUCCUGCUCCACACCAGGUCCAGGUACCGGAGGUGACGGUGACGGCGGAGAGUGGGAUUCCCCGAGAUGCUUCUGGAGCCAUCGACUACAACGCUUUGGUCCGACUGCUCAAAGAAACGCCCUCUCUGCAGGACCAGGCCGACAUCCUCUACAUCCUGUUUAAAGACAAGGGUAUGGACUGGGACACUGGUCUUCACGGUAAAGGCAGCACAGUUCACACUCUUCUGUCAGACCUGUACCAGAGGGUGGGGGCGCUCAAACACUGGGGGCUCAUCCGGAUGAUCUCAGGAAUGCUCAAGAAGAAAGUGGAGGAACUCGACUCGGCGUGCUCAGACCUUCUGGCUCAUCAGAAGCACCUCACAGUGGGUUUGCCUCCAGAGCCUCGAGAGAAAACCAUCACAGCUCCGAUUCCUCCGGACCUCCUCGCCGAGCUCAUCGACCAGGCCAGUGACGGAAACAUCAGCGUGGCCAUCCUCACUCAGGAGAUCAUGGUGUAUUUGGCGAUGAGUAUUCGAACGCAGCCGGAUCUGUUCAGUGAAAUGUUCAGACUGAGAAUUGGACUCAUCAUCCAAGUCAUGGCCACGGAGCUCGCACAGUCACUCAACUGCUCCGGAGAUGAAGCAACAGACAGCUUGAUGAACAUGAGUCCGUCUGAAGUGAAGAACCUGCUGCACCACAUCCUGAGCGGGAAGGAGUUUGGAGUCCAGCGCAGCAUGCGUGAGAUUGAGACUGGGGUUAGUCCUGCCAUAUCCAUCCAUCAACUCGGGAACACGGGGGCGACAAAGAGUGAACGCGCCGGGAUCAGCAAACUCAAGAGUGACAUGAAAAUGAGUUUAAUUUCCCAGUCGCUGGAUUUAGACAACAUCGAAUCAGGGAGGUACAGACUGCCCUCCAUAGAGUCCCUGGACAUCCCCGACUCUUUUCCCCCAGUGAAGGACACUCGUCACGGACAGUGGCUCAGGAGAAGGAGGCUGGACGGAGCUCUUAACAGAGUCCCAGUCGGAUUCUAUCAGAAAGUCUGGAAGAUCCUGCAGAAGUGCCACGGUCUGUCCAUUGAAGGCUUCGUGCUUCCCUCCUCCACCACCAGAGAGAUGACCCCAGGAGAGAUAAAGUUCUCAGUUCACGUGGAGACGGUUCUGAACAGGGUUCCUCAGCCCGAGUACAGACAGCUGCUGGUGGAGGCCAUCUUGGUGCUGACCAUGUUGGCUGACGUAGAAAUCGACUCCAUCGGCUCCAUCAUCCACGUGGAGAAGAUCGUGCACGCGGCCAAUGAUAUGUUUUAUAAGGACCAGAAGGACCUUGGAGCAGAGGAGUCUGUUCUGGAGAGAGACCCGUCCACAGGCGUGUGCAGACUUCUCUAUGACAGCGCCCCCAGUGGCCGCUUUGGGAGCAUGACGUACCUGACUAAAGCUGUGGCUGCUUAUGUGCAGGACUUUCUACCCAGCGGCGCCUGUGCUGUGCAGUAACUCAACAAAGAGUUUUAGGAUUUUACAGCAGAUUCACUGGAAAUAACAAUAUACAAUACACUUAAAGGGCCCAUAUUAAGCUAUUUUCUGAUACAUACCUGGAGUUGUGUUUUCUUUCAUUCACACGUUUAACACACAAACCCUGUAUAUUUAGACUGAGUUUUUCUCUCAAACACCUAGUGAUGUCAAGUGGUAACACAGGAAGAGCUCCACUGUGUUUUUAAACGAAGUACACCUUCCCUAGAAUCAUUUGGAUGAUUUCCGCCCUAGAAUUGUCAAUCCUUACUGAAGUAAAGGUAAAAUGUAGCUGUCAGCUUGAAAACUACCACUUCAUGACAUCACAAGGUAGAACAGAGCAUUUGGAGCUUUGGAGAUGUAAACAGACUAAUAAUGCAAGAUGACUCAAACAUGUGUGAAAGAAACAAAACACAACUCCAGGUAUGUUUUUGAGGAGGCAACAAUAUUAUAACACAACUUAAAGCUCACAAGAGUCAAUUCUCCGUAAAAUAGGACCUUUAAAGUGUCACAUUUUUUUUCUGUAAUAAUAACAAUAACUGAAAUUGGGACGGCGCAGUAAAUCAAAAUGGCAAUUUGAGUUGACACAAUAAUUAAUUAAAGUCUGCACUUGUUUAGAUAAAUGAUAGACUACGCAAAGAACAAAAUAUUCUAUCUUUUUGUAGAAACAUUUUGAUGUACCUGUAGUUUAGACUGCUACAAAUAUGUUCUGAAAUGUCCCUGUGUGUCAGAGGCCCUCCUUGUGUCUCCAUGGAGUCUUAUUCUGUGUAAAAACUAUUAACCCUGUAGUUUAGAUCUCUACAAACAUGUUCUGAAAUGUCCCUGUCAAUAACAUGCCUUCCCAGUGUAUCAGAUGCACUCCCUUUGUAUCAGUCGCCCUCCCUCAUGUAUCAGAUGCCCUUGUGUGUGUCAGAUGCCCUCCCCUGUGUCUCCAUGGAGUCUUAUUCUGUGUAAAAGCUGCUAACCCUGUAGUUUAGACAUCUGCAAGUUCUGAAAUACAUGGGGUUCUAGGAUUAGUUUCAAGAUCAGAUUUCAGUCUUCUCUCAGAUAUUAAUUCUCUUGGAGUUGUUUACAAUGCACAUUCUGAACAAAAUCCUACUUUUUAAUAAUUUAUCACAAAUACUUUUCACAAAUAAUACUUUUAAAUUGUGCAGUCCUUUCUGAAAUUCUGAUACUUGAUCUAUUCUUUCUUUGUUAUUGUGGAGUAGUUCUUCUCACUAUCACGAGUUUUCACUGGUCAUAACAAAUAAAACAUCAGGGAGUACGUACUAUGGAACUUAUUCACACGAAAUAAUCCUGUAUUGAUUGCAUUAAUUGUAUUACUAUGCAUGUAUAUUUUUAAGCUAAGGUUCAGAAUGGAAAACAAUUCUAAGUGCAAUUAUAGUUUUUGUGCAGUCAAACAUUUUAAAAGAUUUGUUCAGAAAUCUUGCACUGUGUAACAUUUCUGGUGGAGGGUCUGUCACACGCUUGUCUCCAUGGAGAUGUCUGCCUGCUUGAUUUGUCUGGAAUGUUCCGCAGUAUGAUCUGAACUAGCACUAAUUUAAUCACAGAUGUUUUAGUGCUCAAAAAUACCUAGGAAAAGUGCCGUCGCCACAGAGAUAAACGUGUUUAAUGCCAUACUGUGGAGCAUUCCAGGCACAGCAAAAAUCCAUCCAUGGACACAAGCAGGUUGCUACUAGAAAAGUUACACAGCAAAGUUUUAAAAUCUUUCAAAAUCUCAUUUCUCAAAAGGCUCAUAGAGACCCAAACUGUGAACUAAAAACCUUAUGCAAUAACAAUGUUUACUUUACGAAUGUAUAAAAAAAACGAUUUACAUGAAUUUAAGCAUGUUUUGCAUUUGAGUAAGCAACAGAAAAGUUUAAAGCUAUAUGACGCUAUUUUCUAAUCUAUGUUCUAAUGUUGUUUCCUCAUCACAAACAGACCUGGAGUUAUGUUUUCUUUCAUUCACACAUUUUUAUUCACAUGUUUAAUACACAAAAGCUGCAUAUUAAGGCUGAGUUCUUCUCUUAAACAGAAUACACUCUCUUCUACUUUGUGAUGUCACGUGGUAAUACAGGAAGUGCUCCACUGUGUUUUUUGAACUCUAUACACCUUCACUAGAAUCAUUUGGAUCAUUUCAGCCCUGGAAUUGCCAAUCUCUACUGAACUAAAGGUAAAAGAAGUUAACUUGAAAAUGACCGCUUCAUGACAUCACAAGUUGGAACAGAGCAUUUUGAUCUUUGGAGAUGUAAACAGACUAAUAAUAAAGCAUUACUCAAACAUGUGUGAAUGAAACAAAACACAACUCAGGUAUGUUUUUGAUGAAGCAACAACAUUCUAACAUGUCUUAAAGCUCAUAAGAGUGCAUUUUGCAUAUUAUAGGACCUUUAAAUUUUAUUGCAGUUUUUACAGCACAAAGCUCCAGGAAAGAUCACGUGACAAUCUGGAUUUCAGAAAUAACUUUUACAUUUUCAUUUUUUACAAUUUUGACAAUAAUAUAAUGUGUAUAAUGUUAUAUUAUUAACAUAUUUUUAGGUAAACUUGACGUUAACUUGUUCACUUUACAUCCAAAUGCUGUUAGUUCAGUCGCUCAUAUUUAAUAAUAAAAACAGAAAUGAAGUUAAUAUUUAUUGUGUAGAUGGGUGCUUAACCUUUUUAUUUAUCACCCUUAUAAUAAUGAUUUAAUAACACUUAAAGGUGUACUGCGUAACGUUUCUGCUUGUGGUUACAUUUCCAACUUGUCUCCAUGGAAAUAGUAUACCUUUGCCUUGAAUGUUCCACAGUACGGCAUUAAACUUAGCCAUCUCGCAUUUGUUCAAUUACAAAAAUAUUUCAUUUUUACUCUGAAGGGUGGCGUAUCUCCGCAGAUCUGACCUGGAAUUUGAGCUGCUUGUCUCCAUCGAGAUAAAUAUGCUUAAAGCCAUACUGUAGAACACUUCAGGUGGCGUACCCUUCAGCAGGUGACGCAGUGCAUCUUUAAAGCUUCACUAUGUUACUUUUUGGUUGGGAGUCUGGCUUGUUUCUAUGGAUAUGUCAUUGCUUUGCCUGGAAUGUUCCACAGUAUGACUUUAAACAGCUCUACUUUAUAUAUUUAUUCAAUUACAGAUGGUUUUAUAGAGCAAAAAUACCUAGGAAAACAGGCAUUCUGACUGUGACCGGGGUCGCCUCUCCGCAGAUUUGACCUGUAAUUUGUUCUGGUUUGGUCUACAUGAAGAUAGACAUUCGGUGCCUUAAUUUAAAAGUUUGCACUGGACAAAUACAAUGCAGUGCUAAUAGUUUGAGAGAUUUGAUUUAAAUACUUAUACUGGUGAUUUCAGACAGAAUUAUUUGUGGCCUUGUGAACUGAAAUGUGAGUUGAAGUUUUGCUAAAGUAUAACAAAAACUGUAGAAAUAUUGGUCAAAAAAUGCAUGAAUGGAAUGAAUUUUCGUAAUGUUGCAAACCAGGGAAUUCAGUGGAAUUUUUGCAUGUUUUGUUUUGUUUAAUUUAAGACUCGAAAUGUACGUGCGUAUGGCAGUUGUUCAUGUUUUGUCUAAUUGUGACUUGGUUUGGUGGGAUAGUUCCUGUCAAUAUUUAUCAUAAUUUUACAGUUUGUGGAAGAAAAGUUGAAAAUGAAAGUUGAAAAUUACAGGAAGUAGCGCUGUAUUCUAAAAAAAAACAUACGUGUUACCAGUACACAAUUCAAUCUAAAAUGCAGGAAUCCAGAUGCAGAAAAAAAAGCAGGAAUGUGUUUCUAGCAGUUUAAACAUUAAUCUAACAAUGAAAAUGUAUUGGUUUUUUUGGUUUUUUUUAGGUCAAAUUAUUGUGUAAAUUAGGCAGGUUUUGGCCCUUUGGAGGUGACAGCAUGUUGUAAUGAUUUCCCACCAGAAACGAACAAUUUGAAAACUAAGAAAAGACAGGGAUAAAAAAAAAAAAGUAAAAUUGCCAGCUGAAUCUUAAAUAUAAUGAUCUUAAGUGUGUUCUAGUCAAAUAAGUAGUCCAACCUCCAAUGUUAUGUUAUACGGCCUUUGUUUUGUUUGUCUUGAAAGCAAAGCAUUGUGGGGUUUUGAGUCUUCUAAUCUACUGUGUAACUACAUUGUUCCUCUGAAUGUGUAUUAGCCAUAGAGAUUUGAAACACAAUGGCACUUAAGUUAUGAAUCUGGUAAAAAGGGAAUGCCACAGUGACUGAUGUUUUUUUUAAAGCAAUAUCAUACUUUGUGUAACAUUUCUGUCGCCUGAUUGUCUCCGUGGAAACAGAUACUUUGGAGACCGGCAGGUGGACGCACUUACAGUUGUCAGGUUGAGGUUUCUUUGGUUCAUUGCACUCCACAGCAGUUUAAUACUUUAACAUAAGUGAACUUUGGGCUGAUCACACUGUUGGCCGAGGUUUGUGAGUGUAGUUGUUCUAAUUAUAAAUAAAUAAAUAAAAGUUUAAAGUCAUAAAAACUUUAGGUGUCCCCUUUUCAUUUCGUGUGGAAUAGUGGGGUGUAAGAGUGUGAAUGGGCAGGCCUCUGAUGAUAUAGUUCUG